GAAGCCAACCAACAGCGUUUUCUUCCGCUUGCUGCAAGUAGUCUUUCUGUCUCUCCAUGAAGAGAGGAGAAAAGGAAACAGAAGAUGCAAUCUCCAUCCACCAAAUCCAAAUGGGCAAUUUCAUCCCUCAAAAAACCCGUUACACAUUGACCAUCGUUUUGUUCAUUGUGUUGUUCCUCUUUAGCCUUUUUCUUUACAGCAAACGUACGCUCGAACCCUCCGUCUCCAUCUAUCAACAGUCCUUUUCGCUCGCAAAUUCCCACAUCCACUCCUCCGUCCCCACCUUUCCUGACCCACCAGCUGGCGUAGAGCCACUGAACUCAUCAACCCACCCGCCCAUUCCUUCUAUUUCUCAAGCUGUAGAGCUAGACCCUUCUUCAAAUGCCACAAGCAUCGAUGUUCAGCUCUCUGCCCCAGACAAUCAGAACCCAGGUAACGAAGCUGCUGACAAUGGUGAAGAGAAGAAGAGGGAAAUGUGUGAUCUUUACACAGGAACUUGGGUGAAAGACGAAGAGUACCCAAUUUACAAACCGGGUUCUUGCCCUUACGUUGAUGAGGCUUUUGAUUGCCAAAGCAAUGGAAGGAAAGAUUCUGAUUACUUGAGAUGGCGUUGGAAGCCUGAUGGCUGUGAUCUUCCAAGGUUUAAUGCUACUGACUUCUUGGAGAAACUAAGAGGUAAAAGGCUAAUGCUGGUUGGGGACUCCAUGAACCGCAACCAGUUUGAGUCAAUGUUAUGCCUCCUCCACAAAGGCCUUACCAAUAAGAGCAAAAUGUAUGAGGUCCAUGGGCACAAGAUAACAAAAGGAAGAGGGUACUUUGUAUUCAAAUUUGAGGACUAUGACUGUACAGUGGAAUUUGUGAGGUCACAUUUUCUUGUAAAAGAAGGAGUCCGCAUUAAUGGACAAGGGAACUCAAAUCCAACUCUAUCAAUAGACAAAAUUGAUAAGACAUCUGGUCGAUGGAAGCGGGCUGAUAUUCUCAUAUUCAAUACUGGUCACUGGUGGGUUCAUGGAAAGACUGCCCGAGGGAUAAAUUACUAUAAAGAAGGUGAUUAUCUUUAUCCAAAAUUUGAUGCUGUUGAAGCUUAUCGAAGAGCUCUGAAGACCUGGGCAAAAUGGAUCAAUGAAAAUAUUAAACCAGCAAAAAAAUUGAUCUUCUAUCGUGGAUACUCUUCUGCUCAUUUCAGAGGUGGAGAUUGGAAUUCAGGUGGAUCUUGUAAUGGGGAAGCUGAACCAAUCUUGAGUGGGGCCUUCCUUGAAACCUACCCUUUGAAAAUGAAGAUAGUGGAAGAAGUGAUUAAGGAAAUGAAGGUUCCUGUGAUACUGUUAAAUGUAACAAGGUUGACCAAUUUUCGCAAGGAUGGCCAUCCAUCAAUCUAUGGCAAGAGAUUAAUAGAAGGGAAAAGGAUUUCUACAAGGCGGCAAGAUUGCAGCCACUGGUGUCUUCCAGGGGUUCCUGAUACCUGGAAUGAGCUUAUCUAUGCCACUAUGUUUUUCAACAAACAAUUUUCAAGAGAAUAACUUGCAGCAGUCCGGGACAUGGCACAUGGCCGCAUGGAAGGACAAUACUAGCGCUGUAUAGCUGGCAGAUGAACUAAUGUGCAAUACCUGAAGAUGGCGUGGUGGAGUAGACGGGUAAGGUAAGAAAUUCAAGUUUAGCACUGAGCAACGAACUUGAAGGAAUAGGAGACAACCCAGGAAUUAGAAGAAGAGAAAGCAGAUGACUAGCGCAUUCAACCUAGCUACUCAUAUUAUUUAUAAGCUUGGUCUUACAUAGGAGGUCGCUGAUUGAAGAAAAUCUGUGCAUGCUUGGUCACACGCUCGGUACUUUUUCGAAGUACAACCACAUUGCAAUGAACGCUUCGAAAUUUUUGUUCAAAAAUUUUGUUUAUUAUUUAUAAAAGCUUUUGCAAAAGAUAAGCUUGAAAACCAAGCCCCUCUCCUAAUUUUCUGUUUAGAAUGGAAGAGCAAUAAAUUCUUACUCCCUUGCUCGGAUCAAUGGGCUAAGCAAAGCUAGCGCAUGUGUUUUCCUUUAUUUUUUUUUCCUCUUUUUGGUAA